AUGUUGAAAGUGUUCGGGCGGCAGAAGCAGUCGCGUGCGUUCAAGGAGUACUACUUGGAGUGGUUCAACACCCUAAAGAAAAACCUCCUUCCCCUCCUUCGCCGCUCCAUCGCAGGUGAGUCACCCACCAUCCUCUCCAGCCACGUGGAGAUGCUCCACCAGCACUUCCAAUCCUACUACCACGCCCUAGACGCCGCCGCUACCACAGACCCCACCCAACUCCUCUCCCAGGACUGGCGCAACUCCCUCGAAAAACCUCUCCUCUGGCUUGCCGACCUCCACCCCUUCCUCUUCACCAACCUCGUCCGCUCCUUUCUUCACCAACAAUAUCGCCCCGAGACUGACCAAAACAACCCCCGCCGCCACCUCCCCCUCCCCUUCCCUGACCGUCCAUGGCAGGUAGCUCUUGCAUGGAGCAACUCCUCUGACUCCCUUACCGCGUGCAUGGACCAGAUCGAGUGCCGCCUCCGCCACAUCGUAACCACCCUCUCAGACCGCCUCAAGUGCGCCGAGAGCGCCUUCAUGGAGUGCGUCGUGGGGAACUGGUUCCAGUGCUGGGAGGAGCAGAAUAUCGCCGCCGCCAAGGAGGCGGUGGGCACGGACGUUAAGGCGCAUAUGGAAGAGGUGGUGAGCGUGGUUCUUUAUGCGAACCGCGUGAGGCGGAGCGUUCUUGUGGACAUAAUGAGCGCGACCACUGUGUACCAGGCGGCGCUCUUUCUUGAAGGCCUGGCCCAAUUCCUCAUUGGCUUCAGAGAGCAGGACCUCCUCAACGCCGUUGAACAGUGCAAGGUCUUGCCUCACGCCAAACACUCUCGCACUUCCUCUCACUGA